UUCCUGUUUGAGAGAAAGGAAAGAAAAUCAACGCGAGAGAAUACCGGCGAGCUAAAUAUUUUUAAGAAAGUGAAAGUGAAAGCGAUUCCUUGCAAGUUUGGCAGUGCAUGUUCGGAGGCCUUAGGUAACAGACCUCUGACUCUUACUCUUGCUGAAGAUGGGAGACAGCGAUGAUGAAUUUGAGCGCAAGAAAGGUAGAGAUAAAUUCAGGCGGGAAAGAAAUGAUUAUGAGAGACGAAGUGAUGACCGUCGACGCGAUAACUGGGAUGACAGGAGACCAUCUAUGAGAGGAGGACAACGCGGGUGGCGAGGCAACCCGGGAGGUGGAAUGAGGUCGCGGGAUAUGUGGUCGGGUCGGGGUGCCAACAUGCGGGACCGACGUGACAUGUACUCUCGACAGUACGACGACAGACGGCGCGAUCGCUUCAGCCCUGGCCGCUUUGACGGAGGCCCCCACCCAGCCAAGAGAAUGCGCAGGGAUUGGGAUGAGGGGGGUUAUUCCGGCAUGUAUGAGAGUCCUUUCCAAGUGAGCAACGGCCCUCCGGGAGCUGACCGUGCUGGCUGGACGCCCAGAAACAUGGAGGUCAGCAGUGGCCCACCCGACCGUGGGGGGUUCCCCGAGCGCAGAGAUGCCAUUGACCCUGAACACCCGACCCAGCCCCCGCUAAUGACCUUCAAGCAGUUCCUGAACAAGCAGGAGGACACAAUCUCGCAAGAGGAUGCCAUCCGCCUCUUUGAAGACUACAAGUUGGACUUUCGGCGUCAGCAGAUCAACGAAUUCUUCCUGGCCCACAAGGAGGAGGAAUGGUUUAAGUCCAAGUACCACCCAGAGGAGUGCGACAAACGGCAGGUGGAGGUUAAAGCUGCACUGGAGUCGCGACGGAAAGUGUUUGAGGCUCUGAGGGAGAAGAAGUUCUUUGAGGAUAUCAGCGUGGACAUUGACUGUACUGACUCUCUCAUCAAGAUUAUGGAUGCUGCUGUGAUUCUCCUAGAGGGAGGAAAUGAUCUGGAUUUGACCAUACUGGACAACCCGCUCCUGGAGCCAGGAGAACGGUCGCGUCAGAACUCGGAGACGGUCACCUCUCCCAUCAAAACUGACAAGAAAAAGUCUGAUGAUGAAGACGGAGAAAUAAGUGACUCAAACCCCACCAAGACCAUGUCAGACUCAGAACAAGAACCAACAGAUCAAACUGACAAGAAGGAAGAGGUUGAUGAGGACAAAGAUAAGGACCAGGAGAAGAAGGCAGAACCUAAAGAUCAGACCCUGGAGAUGACCAUUACCCCGGAGCAGGAGGAGUUGAAGAAGAAGGCCAUGGAGUACCAGAAGCAGCAGGAGGCUGCUGCAGCUGAGGCUAAGGCCCAGCGACGAAAGAAGAAGAGCAUGCGCAAGAAAUCUGACUACAGCUAUGAGUCAGAUAGUGAGUCAGGCUCUGAAUCUGACUCAGACCCAGAACCCGCGCCGCCUGGUCUGGAAGAUGAUGCAACAGCCCCCCCUGGUGUGGAGCCAGAGGCAGAGCCAAAGAGCACUGUGGAUGAAGCAGGUGACCGGGCAGAGAAGGAACCCGAGGGUGCGGAGGAAGACAAUAAAGCUAAAGAAGAGAAGGAGGAAGAGAAACCUCGACCGCUCCACAGGACAAACUCCAUCUUCCUGCGUAACCUGGCCCCCACCAUCACCAAGCAGGAGGUGGAAGCUAUGUGCCGCAGGUACCCAGGCUUUAUUCGAGUGGCGCUGCAAGACCCACAGCCCGAGAGGAGGUUUCUGCGCCGGGGCUGGGUCACCUUCUCCAAGGAAUGUAACAUCAAAGAUGUCUGUUGGACUCUCAACAAUAUACGGUUGAGGGACUGUGAGCUUGGAGCCACACUGAACAGAGAGUUGAAACAGAGAAUCCGUAUGGCCAAUGGCCUCACCGUGCACAAACAGGUCAUGAGAAACGACAUCAAGAUGGCCGCCAAAAUCAUUCAGAUCCUCGACAAAAAAUGGGGCCUCUGGGAAGACGAAGGCGAGGAGAAAAAAGACAAUGAGAAAGAGCUCCAGUUUGGCUUCGUCACAAAAAACCCUGUGCUGAAAAACAUCACAGACUUUUUGGUGGAGGAGGGCAGUUUUGAGGAAGAAGAAUUGAUAGGAGAGAGUGAUGAUGACAAGAAAGAUGCCAACCAUGAGAUUACAGUGGAGAAAGACUUGUCUCUUUGCCUGGCCCUGGACAAGAUGGUGCUGUACCUGCGACUGGUGCACUCCAUCGACUACUAUGCAGCCAACGAGUACCCCAAUGAAGAUGAGAUGCCCCACCGCUGCGGCAUCAUGCACGCUCGUGGGGAACCCCCAGGACCCACCGCCAAGAUGACGCAGACAGAUGUGAAUGAGUGGAUGGGCAGCUUUGAGAAGAAGAUCAAACCCUUCAUGGAAGCUGCACUCAAAAUCUCUGACACAGAAGCGGCCCAGCUGGGACAGAAGGACCCUGAUGUAGAGGUGGAAAAGUUUGUGCAGGCCAACACUCAGGAGCUGUCGCGGGACAAGUGGUUGUGUCCCCUGUCGGGGAAGAAGUUCAAGGGGCCCGAGUUUGUCCGCAAGCAUAUCUAUAACAAGCACGGGGAGAAGGUGGACGAGGUCAGGAAGGAGGUAAAAUUCUUCAACAACUACCUGGUUGACCCCAAGCGCCCCGCCCUCCCAGAACACCCCAGCAGCCGGCCCAAACCCCCGCCUCCCGCAGCCCCUGCGGCCUCCCCCCAGGCAGCGCCCCCUCAAAGAGCUGACCCUUACGGCAACAACUACACGUCCCCAGGGGGCGCUAUAGGCUUCUCUCAGUCACGUCCACCCUUGUACGGUGGGGGAGCUGGGGCAGCCUACCAGAGCCCGUUUUCUGUGCGCGACAACCGCCCACCUCCCGACAACUUCAGGAGAAGUAACUUUGGUGGAGCGGCUCGCCCGUACCGGCGUUCGGACCCCCGGCAGCUUAUACAGUACACAGACCUCGAUGCCCCUGAUGACGGAGAUAUUUUCUAGUUUCUUUUCUAUGCUGUAUUUGGUGAUCCCCUCCUCCAGUCUCUGCUGUUCUGUUUUUGUUGUAAACAAAUACUUUUCCAUGAGAUUUUGAUGUUUUGCUGCUGUGGGUGCAUGUGGUUCUUAGUGUGUUUGUCAUUGAGAUGUCGGGGUUUCUCACCAUAGUACCAGGCAUGGAAAUAUUCAGCUUUAUGCAUCAGAUUUUUGUUUCUGGUCGACGCCGUUUCAUGUUUGUACCCUGGCACCAUUAUUCUUCACCUAAAGUUUUACUGUUUCCAUGCCUGAAUGUGCAUUUUUUUUACGCUCCACUUUUAUAGAUAAUAUUGAUACUGCCAUUUUUAUUGUCAUGGAGUGUUUGUCCAUUGUGGUCCUUCCUGAAGAAGUGUAAAUGUCUGUGGAUUGCUUGCUUGUGCCCUUGACCUUGUGAGUAGAAGGCCGUCACUGUGUCAUCACAGUCUCAAGAUUUUGUUUUAAUUUACUGGGCCCUGGUCUUGAAACGUAUGGGGAUUGAGAUGUCGCAUUUUUUUUUUGGAGACGACUGUUUAGUAAUGUGAUAUUAUUUCUGUUUGAAGUUUUCAUGGAAUAAUUUUCCUUUCUGAAAGUGAAGAAGAUUUCCGAAGUAUGGAAGUGCAUUAACCAUGCCUUUUUCUCUCAGCUUAUUAUUAUAAAAUAUUAGAUUGAAGGGUCUCUGAUGGCUUUACAAGACAAUAUUGUAGCAAUGCAGUUAAAUAUAGGUAUGUAGAUCAAGUUAUCUUUUUUUGAGUUUCAAUGUUUAAUUUUUGUUGCUAUUUUCUGUCACAUUCUGCUUGCAAAAUUGUUUUCAGAAAUUAUUUUAAAGUUUGUGAAAAAAAAGUUUUACAAAUAACUUUGUGAAGUCAAAAGUAUUAUAGAGUGGAGAAAGGCAUCUUUACCCUAUCCAAAAAUAAGCCAGUAGCUUAACGUAUUUUUACAUUCCUGAGAAUUUGUUGAAAAAGUGUGAAAAUGGCCAGUAUAGAGUAGCUACCACAAUGCAAUUCCGUAUUAGCCAGGGCGCGCCGUGUUAGCGGACCACUUGGAGUGCUGUCUUUUGUUUCAAUUGUUCUUUUGUAAACUGUGCUGCUCAUGUUUGUCUUGAUUCACGGUAAAGAUGUUUCAUGAAAUGUUACACACCACUUUGUUGAGACACUGGAUAGAUGUGUUGGCCUUUGUGCUUUGUUGGUGGUGCCUGUGGUUCUUUUGUACUUUGAGCUUAUUGUACUAGCCCCAUCUCUCUGAAUGCACAUCCUUGUCAAGUGAGGAAUAAAUUUAAAUGAAACUUUUA